AUGGCAACAGCAACAACUAAUUCUCAUAGUGGAAAAUAUCGAUCCGAUCCUGAAAUCGAAAAAUAUCGAUUAGAACUUAAUUGGACUAAAAUUCUUGAUAAAUUAAAAACUGCAAAAGUUCCAGAAUAUGUUAAAUUUUUGGAUGGAGAAGCUCAAUUAGAAUAUUAUUUACAACAAUAUCCAUUAACGGAUAGUCGGAAUAUAGAACGAUCUCGUAAUGAUUUAAUUCGUGUUGAAAAUCUUCUUAAAUCUGGUGGAUCAACUCGUUCAUUUGAAGGUCAAUGUUUAUUAUCGAAAUUAUAUUAUGCUCAAGCACGUUAUGAUGAAUGUUUAACAUAUGUUAAUUUAGCAAUUAAUUCAAUACCAAUUGAUAUAAACGAACAACCAAAUAGAUCUUCAUUAUUACUUGCAGAAAUCUAUGCACUUAAUGGACUUUUAUUAGAAAAAAAAAAUGAAAAUUUAUAUGAAAUAAUUAAAUCAUUUGAUGAUUCAUGUAGGUUAAGUCAAACAUAUUAUGCUGCUGUUGAAAAAUCUAAACAUUUAAGUUAUGAUAAUUUGGAUAUUGAAAAUUCUUUAAUUGAUAAUAUAAAAACAACAAUUGAAAUAUUUCGUUCAUAUAUUCAAAAUGUUCAUAUUAAAUCAUUAGAAACAAUGAGACAAACAUUAAUUAAACAAUAUGCCGAAUUAUUAUUAAAAUGUGUUUCCAAAGGAAAUUAUAUUCGAAUAACUAAUUCAGAUGAGAAAAAUAAUAAAAUUCAUCGUCGAACAUCUCAAUCAUUAUUUAUUCCUCGAGAUGUUGAUGAAGAAAUUCUGUUAUUAUUAUUAUUGAGUCAAACGUCAACAUUAAAUGAAGCUGUACUUGAUUGGCAACCUGAACAUGAAGGUCAAAGAGAACGUAGUCACCAAGCUGCUUAUUAUAUUCUUGCUCUUUUAUCAAUAUUUCUUUCUCGUAAACAAGCAUUUCAUAUUAUUGCUGAUUCUUAUGAACAAGCUCUUCGUUUUUCAUUUGAACAUUUUCAAACAUGGUUUAAUUAUGGAUUAUCAUUAAUAUCAUCAGGUCAAUCAUUUCGUGCUUAUCUUAUAUUAAAAGAAUGUUUAAGAAUGCAACCAAAAAAUCUUCAAGUUUAUUUACAACGUGCUAAAAUAAUUCUUGAAUAUAUAUAUGAUUUUCCAUCAUUAUUUGAAACAUUUCCAUCUUUAGGUGAAGAUGGACAACCAUUAUUAAAACAAACAUUAUAUCAACAACAAUAUUAUUUAAAUCAACAUGAAAAACGACCCAGAUUUAUUGAUCUUACUCAACAAGCAUUAAAAUCAAUUGAAAGAUAUUUAUUAUUAUCACCAGAUGAUAAAUAUGCUCUUCAUUUAUAUACACUUUUACUUACUGCUCAAAAACAAAUGCCUGAAGCUUAUGCACAAAUAUAUCGAGCAACUAAUGAUUAUCCUGAUAUUAGUUUAUUAUUAACAAAAGCUGGAAUUGAAGAAGAAUUAUAUGGAUGUGAACAAUCAAUAAUAACAUGUAAAGAAGCAUUAAGAAUUUGGAAAAAUGAAUAUGAACCUUUAUUAACAAAUAAUCCAAAUUAUCUUCUGGAUACAUCACAUUCAAGUGGGGGAAAUCGUCCAAGUAAUCGAUCACAAAAUCCAUCAAUUAAUUUUGAAACUGAUGGUGAACAAACAUUAAAUAGUCAACAAGGAACAUUAAAAGUUGAAGAUGGAAUUAAAAAUUUAUUUUUAUUCGGUUUUAGACCAUUUUCAUCAUUAUUUAAUGAUGAGAAUUCUAUAAGAAAUAAUCGAUCAUCAACACAAUUUUUUUCUAUUCAACCAAUUUAUUUUAGUUUACUUCAAAUAUUUGAACAUCUCGAUAAAAUAAUCAAUUUUUUCAUUUUUUCAAUAAUAAAUAUUUUUAUUUAUUUAAUAAAAAAAAAAGUUCGAUAUUAUAUAAAAUUAGAUAAAAUCGAUGAAGGUGAACGUUGUGUAAAAGAAAUCUCAUCAUUAAGUCCAUUAUGUCAUCAAAUGUUUUAUAUGCGUGGAUUAAUAAAUGAUGCUCGUGGUCAAUUAAAAUUAGCUAAAGUUAAUUAUAAUGAUGCAUUAGCUAUUAAUCCAUAUCAUUUUCCAACAUUAAUUCAAUUAACAAAAACUUUUAAUUCAAAUAGGAAAUUAUUCUAUAAUAUAUCUCAUGAUUCAAUUCAAUUUAAUAGUUCUAGUAAAACUAAAUUAACAGAUGGAUCGUCAAGUCGCGUAAGAUCUGCAGAUCAACUUCGAGAAAUCACAGAAGACACUGAAAAGCGGCGAAAAAAACAAAAUUCCGCUAAAAGUCCUACAUUUGUAACUGGCUAUGUUAACCAAGCUGUCUCAUUUGGUGCAAAUGUCAAUCAAUCACUAAGAUCUUCACCUAUCACUUUAACGGCUACGAGUUUUACUAUCGAUGCUUGGAUUUAUCCUACUCGUUUUUCUAAUACAAAAGAUCAUAGCAUAGUUGGUAUAUGUCCUAAAGAUUCCAUCCAUGAAUGUCUUUAUUUAACUGUUCGUAGAAAUAGCUUUUACUGUAAUCUUUAUUUUGGCUUUUUUGCUGAUGAUUGUCAAGGCAAUGAAAUUAUACAAAUUAACGAAUGGAUACAUGUUGCAUUUGUCUUUGAAACAAAUUCAUUGACACAAAGUAUUUAUCUCAAUGGAAAACUGGAUGCUAAUAGGACAGCAACAGGAUCAUUUCAAGCUACUUCAGAUAAUGUAACAAUUGGUAAUGUUCCAUUAAUUAAUCCCUACUCUGGUUCAAACUAUUUCCAAGGAAUGAUUGAUAAGUUGGCAAUUACAGGCCGAGAAAAAUCAGCAUGUGAAAUACUCGAAGAAGCUACAUUAGUCGCUUAUUUUAGUUUCAAUUCAAGAGUUGAACUUAUCGAUUCAGGACCUAAUUCACUCUCAGUUGUUAGACAGUCUGUUUCGUUUGUGUCUAAUGGUCAUUCUUUUCAAGCUAUCUCAUUCAAUGGAUCAACCUAUUCAUACUUUCAAAUAUCAGACUUGACUAGUCUUGGUAUCUCCAAUCGUCCGUUUUCUAUCUCAUUAUGGAUACGACCUCAAAAUUUAUCAGGAACUCUUGUUCAUGUUUCAUCCAAUUCUUCUGGUCUCGGUUGGUGUGUUCCGUUUUUAGGCUUUACUACUAACGGUUCAAUUGUUGCUCAAAUAUCCAAUAGUGCUAUCAGAUCUGCAGUGGGUCCAUUGAUACCUUUAGCUCCAAUUUGGUCACACAUUGUUGAAAUAUGGAGUCCAACAAAUCGCCUUCGUCUCUAUGUUAACAAUGUCUUAGUUGCAUCAACUACUGCAAUGACCAUUUCAUAUACAGCUAGUUCAGUACCGAAUUAUGCUACAUUAGCAAAUAGUGUAAGUGGUGCUGGUGUUUGUGGCUUAGGUCUACUAGGAUCGAUGGGUCCAUAUAAUGGUGAUAUUGAUGAAUUGAGAAUUUAUAGUCGAGAAUUAACUGCCGCUGACAUAUGUACACUUUAUACUACGUAG